CAGAGUGACGGGGGAAGCGUUUGGACUGCCGGACGGAUGCCUUUCAUCUUUCCGUCCCGGUCUCCGCCGUGAGUACAACCCCGGCUCCAAACGGGCAAGAGAUUCCCUUUAUCAUCUGAGGAAGGGAGAGAUUCCGGCGCUUGGUCCUUUCUGCUCCGCUCUUUCCCCGCGAGGGGAUGCAAGUGAGGGAAAUAACAGGUGUGACCUGGAAGAAGAGCUCUCGGUUUCAUGAUGCCUCCGAAAAGGUCCAGAGGGAAACUUCCUCAGAUAUCCACUCAUAAAAGACGCCUGAAGAGUCGGUGGAAGUUGGAAGAACAGCAGAAGAGCCUCCUACUGAGAGAAGACGAGAAAGGGAAAGCAGGCGCCCCCAACAAAAGGGCCGGGAAGCGAAAGGGCACCACCGCCCCCCAGAGAAGUUACUCGGGGGAGAAUCCUAACAUCUGCACGGAGUGCGGGCAAACCUUUGCGCAAACUUGGGAGCUGGUGAGCCACCAGAGGAUCCAUGCCGGAGAAAAGCCCUAUAAAUGCGCCGACUGUGGGAAAGCCUUCAGCAUCCGUUCCAACCUGAGCAGGCACCGGAGGAUUCACACAAGGGAGAAGCCCUACCUUUGCUCGGAGUGUGGGAAAAGCUUCGCAGACAAGCCGUCUUUGGAGCAACACGUGCGAGCCCACUCGCGGGAGGCUCCCUUCCAGUGUAUUGAUUGUGGGAAAAUGUUCAGCCAGAGUUCCCACGAGAAGAGGCCUCUGAAGAGCCCCCCCGGGAAACGGCAGAGCAGUUGCGCUGCCCCGGAGACUGCUGUGGUCUCCCCCAGCUCAGCUUCCGGACAUGCUCAGAGACCCAGAGUUUCCAAGAAGCCGGACUCUUCCUUUGAAAUCCCCCACACGUGUGCCGAAUGCUGGCAGAGUUUCAACCAGACCUCGGACCUGGUCAAACACAUGCGCAUCCACACGGGCGAGAAGCCGUUUGAGUGCAGCCACUGUGGGAAGUGCUUCAACGUCAGCUCCAACCUCAUCCGGCACAAGAGGAUCCACACGGGAGAGAAACCUUACACCUGCUCCGUCUGCGGGAAGAGCUUCACCGACAAAUCCACCCUCACCCAGCAUAACCGCAUCCACACAGGAGAGAAGCCGUACACCUGUAGUUACUGCGGGAAAAGCUUCAGUCGGAGCUCUCACCACAAAAGGCACCAGCGGAUCCACGCGGGAGAAAAUCCGGCCUCUCUCCUGCCUCUGUGGCCUUACCCUAACCAAAUGUACUGAGAGCCCUUCCAUUGGGCAGGGCAGGAUUUCCAUUAGGCAUUUGCAGUGGAUGGUUCAACCUGGGUGGUGCUGGGAUCCAGGGCAGGAAUGGUGUUUCGGAUCUGAUGUAUGGGCCACGCUCAUGCUACCUAUCAGUGGCUCUUUAAAGAAAAGCGUCACACCGCAAGGCUUGGAAAAGAUGUCAUCGUUUCUUUAAGAUAUUGUUGACCGGCAUGGCACAGCAGACCUAAAACACCUUUCCCAUUUUAGAUGGGAAGGCUAUACAGGUAGUCUUGGUUUAGCGUCUACCUUGUUUAGUAACCAUUUGCCGUUAUGACAGGGAUGAAAAAAAAAAAUAACCAGUCAGGACCAAUCUUUGCAUUUACAACCUUUGCAAGUCAGUCAAGCAAAGGAAAACUGAAGAAAGAUCACAAACACAGUGGUAUUUCACAACCACAUGGCUUAACAACGGAAUUGCUGGUCACAAUUGUGGUUGCUAAAUUAACAGCCAGUGAUGGCACAGUGGUUAAGGAUGCAGCAUUGUAGACUAGUUCUGCCAACUGCCAGGAGUUUGAUCCCGACUGGCUCAAGGUUGACUCAGCCUUCCCUCCUUAUGAGGUCAGUAAAAUGAAGACCCAGAUUGUAGGGGCCAGUAGGCUGGUUCUGUAAACCACUUGGAGAGGGCUGUAAAAGCAGUAUAAAGCGAUAUAUAAGUCUUAAGUGCUACUGCUAAACAAGGAUCACCUGUACAUUCUAUUAUUUACUCCAAGUGCAUCUAAAUGGCCCAAGGCAAACACUCACAUUCCACGACAGAUGAGAGAAAAAGGUUUGAAUUUUCAUCUGCCAAAGUCAAGACCAUUUCCGUGAAUGGGAUUCCAGCUCUUUCACCAAAACUCUUUGUUUCUCUUUUGCAGGGAUUCCUGUUCCAUCUGGACUUUUCCUUCCAGAAAUCUCUCUUGUUUUGUCGAUGGCAUCUCAAAUAUGCAGACAGAUUUUGUAACUGUUAAUAGAAUAUUAUUGUAAUUUAAUAAACAGGUUUAAUGCAUGAUGUUUAUAGAUCGAACUGGUGCUGUU